AUCCUUAACGGCAAGAUGGCGGACGGAGGCACCGCGGAGGAAAGCCUCGAAUUGGCAGACAGGCAACGGAAAAUAUCUGCUGCAACACAACCUGUUUCUGUGGAUAAUCAUAGUUCCCAGCCACAGAAGAGUGAAGCUGCGAAGAAAUCUUUGAAAAAGAAAGUGGAAGUUUUACUAAAGGCUGCUGGAGAUGCCCCUAUUAUGGUGAAAAAGAAGUGGGUAGUGGAUGGAUCAAAGCAAGUCUCAUACAUUAUAGAAUUUAUUAGGAAAUAUAUCAAGUGUGAACCACAAGACUCACUGUUUGUUUAUGUAGGUCAGUGUUUUGCACCGACUCCUGAUCAGACAUUACAGAAUUUAUACGAUUGUUUUGGAGCAGAUGGAAAGUUAGUCCUUCAUUACUGCAAGACACAAGCUUGGGGAUAAUUGAGCUCUACAGUAUUCAACACUUUAUUUUUCCAAAAAUGUUAUUAAUAAACAGAUCAUGUGAUAGGUAGGGAGUGGAACUUUUUGGACAUAAGGAAAAUUUAAGUCUUAAGGGAGAGAGUUUUCACAGCCAUCAUGUUUGAGGUUCAAAAAUCAGAAAAUAAGAGCAUCCUUUAAAGAAUGAGUGGGAUUUCAAGUGGAAUUCAACCUUUCAGCCUCUUUUUUAAAUAAACCGUUUUAGUUUAAUUUUUGAAUUUUUCUGAAGUAUACAAAGUUCAAAACAACAUCCCUAAUUUUACUACUUCUAUAGAGCCAUAUGUUUUUGAAACAUAGAGAAGACUGGUCAUUUACUCUGUACUCUAUUUUGCCUGAUUUGCAAAAAAGAGUGCAAUGGACUAUUUCUUGUCAAGGAAUUUCCCCAAAAAAAGAUUGUAUGUGUAUGUAUUUCUCAUCUUAAAUAAACUGAGAGUAUGUAAAUAUGAUAAGAUAUUUUGUAUUAUAAUAA